UCGCUUUAACAAUCGUUUCCUUCCGCACUGCCUCAGGCUUGUGCGUCAUUGAUUUUCAGUUCAGGAAUCAUGGCAGAUAGCAGCAAAACGGAGAAGGUUCAGCUGCACGCGCCGGGGUUAGAGGAGCUGCGGGGCGUGUUACAAGCAGGACUACAGGAGAACUUUGCAGAAGUUCAGGUGAGUGUUGUGGAGUGUCCGGAUCUCAGCAAAGAGCCCUUCUGCUUUCCUGUUAAAGGCCUGUGUGGCAAUCCUCGCAUCACUGAUGUUGGUGGUGUGCCGUACCUUGUGCCUUUGGUUAAGAGAGAGAAGGAAUACAACAUGAACACCAUAUCAAAGGAGCUGGAGCUGCCGGGAGCUUUCAUCCUCGGUGCUGCAGGCGCUGCUUCAAGGAUUCUGGGAAUGAAUGCAGAGCUGAUGCCUUUGUGUCUAACUGAAGCCGAAGGAAGGCCUGCAGUGAACAGCAGCUACUUCUCCUCCAUUAAUCCAGCAGAUGGUCAGUGUCUGCAGGAAAAAUACAGCGACAAGUUCUCUGACUGCAACUUUGGUCUGCUGGGAAAUCUGUAUGCCUGUGAAGGGAAGCCUGGGAAGGUCAUUGAGGUGCGGGCGAAGAAGCGGACAGGAGGCCACAGUCUGGUGACAUCCUUGAGGAAAACUCUGGAAGGUCACUAUCUGGAGAAAAGCCUCGCUCUGGGAGGAACCUUCAUCAUCCAGAAGGGGAAAGCUAAAAUCCACAUCAUGCCAAGAGAGUUCUCCGCAUGUCCCCUCAACACCAACGAUGAUGUAAACAACUGGCUGAAACACUUUGAGGUCAGGGCUCCACUCAUCUGCCAGUCUGUGCUGGUAUCCAGAGACCCUGGUUUGGACUUGCGUGUUGAGCAUACGCACUGCUUCAGCCACCACGGAGAAGGGGGUCACUACUACAUCGACACCACCCCUGACAGUGUGGAGUACCUGGGCUACUUCCUGCCUGCAGAGUUUGUGUAUCGCAUUGACAGGCCCACAGAGACCCAUGGAGUUGGAAGAGAUUGAAACUGUAGCGAAUGAUGUGAUUGAUGGCUAAACUAAACAUCUCAUUAUGAUCUAAUGAAUCAACGGUAUAUGAUCUGUAUCAGUGUUAAGGCUUUAUUAAAGCACUUAUAAAGUUAAAUUUUACCAUGGAAAUGAUCAGUCUGAAUCAGUUUUGAUAGUAGACUAUAUCUUUAAGAAGUCUUUAUGCAUUUAUUCCAGUUUAAUGACCAUAUUCCAUGUAAUAAAGCAAUGAAAAUCUCUUGACUGUGUGCUUAAAGCAGUACAUUUUCUACUGCUGAAAGAAAUUAAAACUAAAACAUUUAA